AUGUUGUCGAUCUCAUUUUUUCUUUUAGUCACAUGUACCUUCCUGUGUAACUGUUGUAACAUCGGUCUACAGCCGAGCCUCCAGCCGUGUCUCCUGCAGCCGACUCCUCCUGUUCAGCCGAGCGCGGGUCUCUCUCAUCAAACUGUCGGUCCGAGCGUCAACAACAACCAUCCUAAGCCGACCCCUCGUCUGGGCGCCACGUGGUCGGACGGCGCCUCUAUCAUCGACGUAGACAACCUGCUGUCCCCUCGCUCGCCCAAGGCGGGGCCCGCGCCCUCCAUCAACCAGCUCAAGUCGAACCCCGCCAGCCCCGCACACAGGCCCGCCUGGCCCAACAACAACAACAACAGUAUCAUCACCACCGACGACUUACUACAAUGA